AUGUUUGACGCUAACACCUUCGACAUCCUCGGCGUGUCGAAUGGCUUUCGAGCGCUUUGUUCCACUGCGGGGCAGGCGCUUGACUUUGAAGGCCUCAGCGUGUUCGACCUCUCGAAGGGGACGGGCCCCAGGUCCUUCAGCAGGCAAAUGCAGGAAGCCAUCCAUGCCUAUGAUGAGAAUCCAGAGGAGAGCAUUACAUGUCACGGUCUGGACCUCUUGGGAUCAUGUCAGUUGGAAGCUACGGUCACAUUCGCGGAAGAUGCAGUUCUCAAAAGUCUCGUGGGCACGUUGAUGGUGAACGCAUUUUCAUCGCCAGUGACUUUUGGCUGA